GUGCAACGUCAUAGUCGCCUUCCAUCCUUUUAAUUGUGACGUCACUUCAACUUUUUUAAUGUCUUAACAAAAUCCGCCUCAAAGUGGUUUUUUUCAAUCGAUGAUGUAUUACUACUCCCCUAGAUGUCUCCAAAGUGGAGGCUUGGUGACUAGUUUGACUUACAACAUAACAGCAGUGUAUAUUUGCCUCAGGUCCCAUGUGGUAGGUAUGUAGGUCUAACUUGAGUCAAGCUGUAGAGGCUUCGCUGGAGGCUGUUUGUCGUUCAUUUCAGAUACAGAAUGGAGUCCUUGUUGUCUCGCGUGAAGCCGAAGAUGUAAAAGACUUAUUGAAAGUCUGGCCAAAUUAUAAGUAAUAUCAUUUGUCAAUAAAUCAAUAACGGAGGUCAAAGUACAGAACCCUUGCGAUUUCCAUCACAAUUUUCGUUUUGAUAUUUGUUAUACCAGACCCGAGCGAAUGCCUUGGAAAUGUCGCAAAAUAUAAACGAGGCAAGACUAACGUUGUGACUGUGGGACAUUAAAGUAAGUCAGCACAAUAACAGGAACAUGAGAAUUAAUCACAGUAUGUAUGUUUUACCUCUUCUGAUGUGAAAGGUGUAUUAUUGACGUUUUAUAUGGGUAAGAUUAACACCCGGUAAUUGUCACAACGUAAUGGACAAUGACAUUAUAUGCUGAAUUUCGGAGUCAAAGAUAUCGUGGUCCCCCCUCCCCCCACCACCAUAAAUACAUUCAGGUGGGCGUACAAAAAUGUUUGGCAUCCUCAGAAAGACGCAUAAAUGUUCAUUUUACCAACCUUCUCUAUCAUUAUCCAUGCAAAAUGUGGCGUGCAUCGAAGGAGUUCGGAACAAAGAUAAUAUACGAAUGUAAGGAACCUGAAAUUCCACACACACGAAAAAUAAAUUAUAGUCCAAAAAUAAAAACGAAGAAAAGCGAAAACUUGAAGGAAACAUUGGCUGCACUUUUUGAAUGCGUGAAAGAUAUCAUAUUGGAGGGAGAUAUCCAACCCUGGCCCAGGUGGUCGCUAUCUGCGCUCGCCUGGAGCAGAGCAAGGGAUAGUUUUAUUGAAAUAGACUAUCCAGAAGAAGUCGCAAAACUAGCGGCCGAAACAAGACAGAAUAGCUACCAGGAAAAUUACAGAAAAUUUCUGUACCCUGACGUAUAUGCCAAAGACCACUUUAAAACGCUGGUAACAAAUAAACUACAAGAAUAUAACCGAAGACAGAAAAGCCAGUUGAAGCUUGAAGGUCAAAAAAAUGAUGAAAGCCCAAUCACAAAGAAGAAGCAGAAAAUAAAAAAAAACAGUCUAUGGUCCUGGUGUUGCUUUUGCUGAGUUCACAAUCACCUAACUUUUUAUGUUUAUUUUUCAUAUAUUGUAAUAAUUCUAUAAAUCUUUUUUUUGUUUUUCUAUUUCAUAUGCCUUUUAAAAUAAUAUCAUGCAUAACUUCAAAUUGUCAAUAUUAUGUACGGUCACUUUUUUCAUCGAAACCCCUCCCAUUGAACAUAUCCCGAUAGCUUUUCCAGUGGGUAAAUGGGUUGUUUAAUCUAGGAUACAGUAGGUACUUAUGUGGGUUGGUUACAGUAGGUAAUGGGUUUUCUACAGUGGGUAUUUAUAGUGGGGUGUUAUGGUGGGUAUUCAUAGUUAUUUUCUAUAGUG